GAGGUAACCAUGAUCUACGUAACUUGUUUAGUGGUUCAUUCAUUUGAACCAAACAGGGCUAUAGGCAGUAACCCUACUUCCCCAGCGGGUGCGAAUCCUUGCGGAGUAAAACGCUGUUCAAAAUAUCACCGAAUUGCUCGACCCGCCCAAAACCACAAUCCUUGAAGAAAAACCAUGGAAACUGAAGAGAUAUUAGCAGAGCUUGGCAACGUGGAGGCCCAGAUUCAAGAUGUCCAAGGCCAGAUACAGGUAUUGCUGGAUCGUCAAGAGAAGUUGUACGAGAGACAAUCCGAACUGAAGGCCCUAUUGGAAGCUUGUAGAGCAUAUGGAAACCCCAAUGCUGCUGAAGAUGCUCCCCAAACUGCAUUAGAGAACUGGUCGGGGACGUUUGAUUGGGACUCUAAAGCUGAUCAUUAUAAGUUUCAUGUAUUUGGCAUUUCAAAAUAUCGUGCAAAUCAGCGUGAAAUCAUCAAUGCUGUCAUGGGUGGAAGAGAUGUUCUUGUAAUUAUGGCUGCAGGUGGGGGCAAGAGCCUAUGUUACCAGCUUCCAGCUAUUCUUCAUGAUGGGAUUGCUCUUGUUAUUAGUCCAUUGAUUUCUUUAAUUCAAGAUCAGGUUAUGGGUUUAAAGUCUUUAGAUAUUCCAGCAUCAAUGCUUACGUCAACCACUGGUAAGGAGGAAGAAAAGUUUAUAUACAAGGCCCUUGAAAAGGGUGAAGGAGUUAAAAUAUUAUAUGUCACACCUGAAAAGAUAUCAAAGAGCAAAAGAUUUAUGUCAAAACUUGAAAAGUGCCAUCAUGGAGGUCAUCUCUCUCUAAUUGCAAUUGAUGAGGCUCAUUGCUGUAGUCAAUGGGGUCACGACUUUCGCCCUGACUACAAGAACCUUGGUAUCCUCAAGAUUCAGUUUCCCAAUGUUCCUAUGUUGGCUUUGACCGCAACUGCUACUCGAAAAGUCCAAUAUGAUCUGAUGGAGAUGCUACAUAUACCAAAAUGUGUUAAAUUUGUUAGCACAGUCAACAGGCCAAAUCUCUUUUAUAUGGUUCGAGAGAAGUCAUCAAUUGCUAAGGUUGUUAUUGAUGAAAUUGCUGAAUUUAUUCAAGAAUGUUAUCCAAAUAAUGAAUCUGGGAUAGUAUAUUGCUUCUCCAGAAAGGAAUGUGAACAGGUUGCGGCAGAGUUGCGUGAGAGAGGAAUUUCAGCAGAUUAUUACCAUGCAGAUAUGGAUGUCAAUUCUCGUGAGAAGGUUCAUAUGAGGUGGAGCAAAAAUAAGUUGCAGGUCAUUGUUGGUACGGUGGCAUUUGGUAUGGGAAUCAACAAACCAGAUGUCAGGUUUGUCAUCCAUCACAGCCUGAGUAAAUCAAUGGAAACAUACUACCAGGAAAGUGGUCGAGCUGGAAGGGAUGGAGCCCCUUCUGAAUGUCUACUCUUUUUUAGACCUGCUGAUGUUCCCAGGCAGAGUUCAAUGGUCUUCUAUGAGAAUUCUGGACUGCAGAAUCUUUAUGACAUAGUACGAUAUUGCCAGUCAAAAAGAAAAUGUCGCCGAAGUGCCUUUUUCCAACAUUUUUCUGAGCCACUACGAGACUGCAAUGGGAUGUGUGAUAAUUGUGCAUUCUCCAGCGAUAUUAUAGAAGUUGAUGUGUCUGGUCAUGCAAAAAUUAUGGUUUCAUUGCUGCAAGAUAUGCAAGAGAAUGAUCAACGACUGACAAUGUUGCAAUUGGUGGACAAAAUAAAAAAUAAGCACAAGGAAAUAGGUGCUGAGCUUAGGAGAGAAGAGUUAGAACAGCUUGUGAUACGGCUUAUUCUAGAAAGUGUUUUGAAAGAAGAAUUUCAGCAUACAGCAUAUGCCACAAAUGCUUAUGUGAAAAUAGGACCAUUGGCAAAGCAGGUACUGCAAGGGAAGAUGACUGUCAAGCUUGAGAUUUCUAGUAAACAGAACAAGACUGGUAACAUGAAAAGAGUAAAACACAGCGUUACAUUGUCUGGACUGGAAUUUAAACUUGACAGGUUGCGGAAAGAACUCUCUUCAGGUCAUGGGACAACCCCUCAUUCUAUCUUGUCUGCUCAACAGAUGAGCAUGAUCAGUGCACGGAAACCAAAUUCAAUGGAAGAGCUGGAAAAGAUAAUUGGGAAGCUGAAGACAGAAAGGUACGGGAGUAAAAUUCUCGAAGAAAUCAAGAAGUUCGUAGAAUCUGAUGAGCCUGAUAAUGACAAAUUGAAUGAUGAAGGCAGCAAGAACAGACCUACCAAGAGACGGAAGACUAAGAAUAAUGUUGUUCUUAUUGAAAGCAGCGAUGACGAAUAAGUGAAGAUUUGUCUGACAAUGCAAGUAACCAUAUCCUUACUGUUACCACCACCCCUACAGAAAGUAGAUCUUAGCCAUGCAGAACUCUUAUGCUCACAAGUAAUUUUCAGUUUCUUGUUUGAUUAUAGAAUUUGUGGCUUUCUUGUUUUCCCUGUUCUGUGCAGGGGGAAAGGAGAGUUGCGGACUUCUUAAUACAUUUUCUUUUGUA